AUGGACGGUAAAGGGAACAAGAGAAAGCGCCACGAGAAGGCGAGGAAGACGACGGCGCCGCCAAUCGUCAACCCGCGCAGCAUACACGAACGAGACAUCGCUGGACUCGAGAUCGGGCAGUGUCCUGCCGCUGCUUUGGGCUUUCAGCAAGGAUCUCAAACAGCAUGCGGUGGUCUCGAGCUCGAGGUGAAGGGUCUUGCGGAGAGAGACUGUACGAAUAUCAUCGUGCGCAUAAGCCAGGCUGCCACGGAUAUGUCGGAAGGAAAAGAAAACGCAAAAGAGAAGGCGGUCAAUGUCUGCGCUCGUCACACAUGGAUACUUGCCAACAAGAACCAGGAUAUUCUCAUCAACAGCUUCGGUGCGAGCCCAGACAAUCCGAAGAAGAUCCUAUCAAUCUGCGCUGCGGUGCUCCUCACUCUGGUCAUGGAUCUUGAUACCAGACCGAUGGGGUUCUUCGCCGUGUUACUCCACAGUGAGCUUGUGUGGCCGAUGCCUGCGCAAUUUCGAACCAAAUGGGAGGCAUUCUUCAAAAUUCCUCUGGCUCCUUGUGAGAAGAACGACGAGACUCUGUUUGUGUCGGAAGACGAAGAUGGCGAGAGCGACGACCGCCCGAACAUUGAUACAGUCUUGCGACACGAGCCCUGUCACAGGCCAAUCUUCAGAAUCGCUGCGUUGACGACAAGAGAGAAGCUCGUACACUUGCGCGCUUGCGAAUAUCUCGUGCGCUUUGGGCCCGUGUCCUUCGACAGUCUGGCCCACCUCUUCGCAUACCGCAACAUCUUCGAGCUGCUUGAGUACCACCAGGCCAAUAGGAGGGACUUCAUCAGCGUCAAGCUCAUCAAGCAUGGUGAAGCUGGCUUGAGCGUUUGGGCUCUGGGACCAGCGCAACCCGUGGAGACGUCAACUUCAGACAGGGUGUUCAGGGGGAAGGUCGGAUUAUUCACUCGCCGAGCUGCGAUUCUCGAAAUCGUGCCAGAAGGCAAGAGUGAGUCAUUCCCACCUGUGUGUCCUCAACUCCGCGCUCAAGAGAGCGCCUCCGUAGCCAAUGUCCGCGACCAAGCCACCGAAAACAAUAACGUGGCGAUCAAGCGCGCACACACCGAGGAAGUCGAUAGGCUGAAGGAAACGAUCGAGGGAUACAAGAAAGGCGCGGUCGAAUUGCACGACCACUACAAAAAGAAGGCAGCGGAAGAGUCCCAGAAACAAGCAGACGCAAAAAAAGAGGAGAACGCCGAUCACCAGACCCGGCUCAGAGCGUUGGAGAUUGAGAAUGAGAUGCUCCUCAAGCUCGAUGAAGUGAGCAAGACGAGGAUUCAGGAGCUCGAAUAUGCCAGCGAACAAGCGGCGCUCAAAGCAGCCGCUGACCAGGCGAAGUACCAGGCACUUGUCAGCAAGCUCAGCGCUCUGAACGGACCUUGA